GACCUGACGAAAAAAGAAUCGGUGACUGGGCGUCCCGUCGAACAGAAAGAACUGAGCCUGUCUCCUUCUGUUCUUGUCUGGAUCUUCUUCUUCCUCCCGCCGCCAGCCGUGCGCCGAGCUCCUCCGCCGUCACCCCCUCGCCACCCAAGGGCUCCUCGCCACCCAAGUGUUCCAGUAGUAGAUUCGCCUAAAUUAAGCAGCUCCCCCGGAAUCGGAUCAGCUGCUUUGGGAGCGGCAGUCCGCAAUCAAUCGGCUCUGUUCGGAGCCGCAGCUCGCAAUCAAAGCGGCUCGUUUUAAACGAGCUGCCGUCCGACUUCAACCCUCUUUCGGUUUAGAUUUUAGAUAGAAGGAGUUCAAAUCCUUCCCGGUUUCAAUCUCUGAGUUGCCGCCGACCAAGUACACCAGGGAAGCCACCAGCUUUAAGCGGAUGCCAGGGAUUCCUAGGAUUUCAGUUAUUAGAGGAGACCAAGUGAUCAACGCGGCAGAUUUCAGCCUCGGCAGAUCAACGCGGGAGCCAUGGGGAAAGGCAGUAGAGAUGAUAGGAUCAGCGCAUUGCCUGAUGACGUCCUGGUCAACAUUCUUGACCGACUCAAUGUCCCUGACGCUGCAAGGACAAGCAUCCUCUCCAGGAGGUGGAGUCAGCUCUCCGCUAAACUCUCUCGGCUGAUAAUAAACGCUCAGGACUUCCUACCUGAGGGCGUGUCAAACGUCAACGUGUCUGAUGAUGAAAUGGUUCGGGUGAAUACUGCUGCAGUCGAAGCGACAAAGAGCAUACUGACACGCAGAAGUCCAGGUGAACACACCAUCCGCUUCCUGUCUACUGCGUUCUACUUGAGAGAUGAUGUCCCCAUAUCCAUUGGACAAGCUGUUGGUCAUACGAUGGAGACACACUUGGUUGAGAUGGCCCAGUUAAGUGUUAUGACAGGGAAGAUUGGCACAGAUGACCUCAAUGAUGAGGAGCUGGUCAUAUGUGGGAGAGAAUUCAUGCGGUUCUUUGAUGUCUGUCAAAAUGCUUUUGGUGGUCUCACUAGCCUUGACAUGGAGGAUUUGAGAUUUGGCGAAUCAGACAUAUCCAACGUUCUCAUCACUUGCAAGCGGUUGAAGCAUCUGCGUAUGAUGAAUUGCGACUCAGGUGAUCCCAGCACGCUGCAAAUUGAUCACGCUCAUCUCAGUGAGCUCAGUAUCGCCGGAUGUUCUUUCGAACAAGUUAAGCUGAACUGGCUCCCUCAACUCACACAGAUGACAUUUGAUCAAUGGAUAGACUACCAAGAUCCACUGGUUCUUGGUCAUGUACCAUUGCUCGAGACUGUAAGCCUCACAAAUGUUGGCUAUAGUUUUAACAGGCUGGUCAAGUUAAGUGAGCUUCUUAGCAGCACCUCCAUACGGGUUCUAAAGUUGGGAUUUAAAUCUGAAAAGAUUUGGGUGCAGCCAGAAUGUCUGACCAAAAGUCUUGCAUCUGUGUUCCGCCAACUAAGGUUUGUGAAUCUGGUUGCUCUUCCUGAAGGGUAUGAUCUCACCUGGACAAUGUUUAUUCUUGAAGCUGCACCCUUACUGAAGGAGCUAUACAUGACAGUAUGGGAUCACGCAUGUAUAAUGGAAACAGAUGAGAAGACAAGGAACGAAGAAUUUUAUUGCGAGAACAGGGGUGUGGAGUGGGACUCGGCUGCAGCUGAUUUCAAACACCAGAAUUUGGCCACACUUAUCAUAUUUUGCUUUGAAUCUGAUGAUUACAUGGUGAGUUAUCUCCAACGUGUUAUGGCAGCAGCGGUGAAUCUAGAGGACGUGUUCCUGUAUAGUAGGUUGGAGUGCGACAACUGCCAGGAUACGAAGCCGAUCAGGUUCCCUUGGACUAAAAGACAGAGGAUAUCGCUGAAGAAGAGAGUUACAGCGGGAAUUGAGUCCUUCGCCAUAAUUCACGCUUGUUCAACAAUUAGGGAUGAUCAUCUAUCAAAGUAUCAGUACCCAGAGUGCUCAUUGGAUGUAUCCAGAAAAAGGUUGCUCUGUAGGCAGUGAGGUGUUCCACAUGUUUGUUACUUGGAUCAAGUGUCUUUAAAUUAUUUUGUUUUGUUGGUUAUGUAAUCUCUUGUAACAAAUGGAUGAUGGUUAUUGCAAAGAUGUUAUCAUGAACUAA